AUGUUCUUUCCGGAGGGGUCGCCCCGCCCCGAGGCCCAGAUUUUGUACGAAGCCCUGAGCCAGUUGUCCUCUGAAGAGCUUGCUACUAUACAGGGAAGGGUAAACCGGGCCUUCUCCAGCGAAAGUAUUUCCUUUACCGUUUACGGCGACGCCGAAGCAGAAGAACGCAUAAUUCCCGUGGACCCCAUCCCCCGGGUAAUCACCUCGUCUGACUGGAGUUUCCUCUCCAAGGGGCUGGAGCAACGGGUCAAGGCCCUCAACAGUUUUCUGGAGGACAUUUACGGGCCGGCACGAAUAAUCAGCGAUGGGGUAAUUCCCGCGGACAUGAUCCUCGAUUGCCCGCAGUUCCGGCCUGAAAUGCGGGACUUCUCGCAGCCUUUCGGUGUCUGGGUAGCGGUAUGUGGCACCGACAUCAUCCGGGUGGGAGAUGGCUUCAAGGUGCUGGAGGACAAUCUGAGAGUCCCUUCGGGCGUUUCGUACAUGAUAGCCAACCGAAAGGCCUCCAAGGCCAGUUUGCCACGGGUUUACAGGAGCGCCAGGGUCCAGGACGUGGAACAGUACGGGACUGCCCUGCAAACUACCCUUCGAGAGUUGGCGCCGAAUGGCAAGCCCAAUCCCACGUUGGCCUUGAUGACUCCCGGAGUUUACAACUCUGCCUACUACGAGCAUAUGUUCCUGGCGCGGGAGAUUGACGCCGAACUGGUUGAGGGCAGCGACCUUGUGAUUCGGGACCGGGUAGUCUACAUGCGUACCACCGAGGGUCUGAGGCAAGUGGACGUAAUUUACCGGCGCAUUGACGAUGAUUUUCUGGACCCCCGCGUGUUCCGCCCAGAUUCGAUGCUGGGUGCUCCGGGGUUGAUUGAAGCGGCCAAGGCCGGCAACGUUACCCUGGCCAACGCCCCGGGUACUGGCGUGGCAGACGACAAGAGUGUUUACGUUUACGUACCGGACAUGAUCCGGUACUACCUGGGCCAGGAACCGAUGCUGCAAAACGUGGAGACCUACCUUUGCCGCCGGCCGGAGGACCUGGAAUACACGCUGGACAACCUGGCGAAUCUGGUGGUCAAGAAGGUAGGGGAGUCCGGAGGCUACGGAAUGAUAAUUGGCCCCCAUGCCACACAAGAGGAGCGGGACGACUACGCGAAGGAGGUGCGGGCCGAUCCGGCAGGAUUCAUCGCCCAGCCGGUGCAGUCCUUUUCCAGGGCUCCUUGCCUGGUUGAAGGAAGUUUUGAGCCCCGACACGUGGACCUGAGGCCAUUUAUUCUUAAUGGCCUGCAGACGCGCAUUGUUCCCGGCGCCUUUUGCCGGGUGGCGUUGCGCAGGGGCAGCCUGGUUGUAAAUUCCAGCCAGGGCGGCGGGGGCAAGGAUGUGUGGGUAAUAUCUGAGGACGAGGGUCGCACGGGCAACCAACAGAUGUCCAGCUCCUCUUGA